AUGAUAAAAGGGUCGCGAAAUGCGACCAUCGUCCCCCAUGGCAAGCAUCUGCAUAUUGAGCCCACGGCCAUCACGUUUGAUGACAUAGAGGCGAACAUGAAGUACAUCCAAACUCUGGUGGUGAGAAAUCUCAGCACGUAUGCCAAGCGCAUCCGCUGUGAAGUUCCCAAGUCAGCCGAGUUCAGAGUCGUCACCGAGAACGAGAUCGGCAUCGCGCCUGGUCUCUCGGUGUCCAUAGACGUGGAGUUCCUGACAAGGAAGCCUUAUGACUACGUUGACAAACUCGUCAUCACUGCCGAGGACUUUCGCUACGAGGUGGAGCUAUGUGCCAAAGCUCCGUGUGCCGCGAUCACUUUUGACACGGUGGUCGAUUUCGGCGCGAUAGUCACAAGAAGAAUUCAUCAGCGAGAAGUUAUCCUGCGCAACGAAGGCUCGAGAGCAGCGACGUUUGACUUCAUCUCGCCUUCCAGAGCUUUGAAGCCCAACCCGCCGUCUGGGAAGAUCGGCCCUGCGGGCAGCUCGGAAGACGUGAAGCGGGUAAAGCUCGAGCUGACUCAAGA